AUGUCAUCGCCUCUAAUUGUCUGCUCUGUCCUUAAGGACGAAGACGCUCGGACCAAUCUGCUUUAUAUGAACCCACAAGACGCCAAAAUAUUUGUUGACAGCUCAGGGAUCGUUAUGAUCAACGAGUUCCUCUUUACGGUAUCCGCCAACACAGGGAUUAGGGCCGGUCAUGUUGGCAUGAACAGUAUCCAGCGUCGCCUUCUUGGCCUCUCAACCACAGCAGGGAGCACAGUGAUUCUUCAUAAACCACCGCAACGCAUUCCAUCCAUUGCAAAAAUGGUCUUAACGGUGGAAUAUAUUGUGGCCUCUAAAAGAGGCGGGACGUUGGAUUGCAUGGAGUUUAUUGGCUACUUUCUCAAGCAAUUUUCCGGGCAAUGCUUCCGCGAUUCGCAGACAUUGGCUGUCGUCUUGGACUCCGGCCUUCGACUCUUGGCGACGGUGACGCAGUUGAACUGUGAUGGGCUAGGGAGUGUUGGCUUUCUUGCCAACAGCACAAGUCUCAUUCUCCUUGCCACGGAGAAGAGCGAGAUUGCUCUUACCAAUGUACCGGACAAUCAGUUGGAUGCGCAGCAGCCACAGUUGAUGCAGAACUUUAAUCUUGAAAAUCUCGGUAUUGGUGGGCUGCGGAACGAAUUUGCGCAGGUUUUUCGCCGCGCCUUUGCGAGUCGUCUAUUUCCUGCAUCCUAUGUGAAGAAGUUGGGGGUGAAGCAUGUCAAGGGGGUUCUUUUGUAUGGGCCGCCAGGCACGGGAAAGACGCUGAUUGCCCGAAAAAUUGGCGAAAUCCUAAACUGCCAUUCACCAAAGAUUGUCAAUGGCCCCGAGGUGUUUAAUAAAUUUGUUGGUGGAACCGAAGAAAAUGUGCGGAAACUCUUUUUGGAUGCCGAGGCCGAGGCUGCGGCAAAGGGUGACCUUUCAAAGCUGCACCUUAUCAUUUUUGAUGAGUUUGAUGCCAUUUGUAAGCAGCGUGGUGCUGUUCGUGACUCCACGGGUGUGAAUGACAACGUGGUGAAUCAACUUCUCGCAAAAAUCGAUGGGGUGAAUUCGCUGAACAACGUCCUCCUUAUUGGCAUGACCAAUCGAAUGGAUCUCAUUGAUGAGGCCAUUCUGCGCCCGGGUCGGUUUGAGGUGCAUGUGGAGAUCAGCCUUCCAAAUGAAGAGGGUCGAGAGGAAAUUUUCCGUAUCCAUACCCGCGGCAUGCGUGAGAACGGCAUCAUUGGAAAAGACGUUAACUUGGCGGAGCUUGCCAGUCUAACAAAGAACUAUUCCGGUGCCGAGAUUGAGGGUGUGGUACGCUCGGCGAUAUCCAAUGCCUUUAAUAAACACAUAGACUUGGACCACCCAACGGAGGUGGUCAAUGCACAGGAUGUGUUUGUAACGCGUCAGGAUUUUCUUCGGGCCGUUGAAGAGGUGGAACCUGCGUUUGGACAGGCAAAGGAAGAGUGUAGCAAUCUCAAGGGCGACGGUAUCAUUUAUUACGGUAAACCAUGGGAAGGAGUGGAGAGCUGUUGCAGUCGUUAUGUGGAGUUGCUUAAGGGUGAGGGUAAACGCAUCCAUCUGCUUAGUGUACUUAUUGAAGGAUUGCCGGGUUCGGGUAAAUCGGCGGUGGCGGCGUACCUUGCAGAAAAGGCCGAAUUCCCUUACGUCAAGGUCAUCUCUAGCGAAGUUAUGGUUAGUUAUGGCGAGUUACAAAAGGUCAAUAUCAUUCGAAAGGCAUUUGAGGAUGCCUACAGGUCUCCCACAAGUGUUAUUAUUCUCGAUGACAUUGAACGCAUUAUUGAAUUCUCUCACCUGGGGGGUCGAUACAGCAAUGCCAUCCUGCAAGCAUUACUAGUACUUAUAAAGCGGCCACCGCCGGAGGGCCGGAAACUACUUGUGAUUGGCACAACUGCGCUGUAUGAUGUGUUGGAUAGUCUCGAGAUGGUUUCAUGCUUUUCCGUGAAGAUGACGCUUCCACGAGUGCCUCCCGAGGCUCUGUCAUUGGUCGCAAACGAACUUGAGCUCCCAUUUGCAACCCAAGCGGAUUUGCACUGCUGCGUGGACCUCCUCCCGAUGUCUUUGCCGAUGAAGCAGCUUUUACUUGUCUUGGAGAUGGCUGCUGAGAGGGACACGGAGGGGCGGGCUGUCAUAACCUCCAAAACAUUUGAACAGGCGCUUGAAUCGGUCGGAGUACGUGGGGGCUGA